UGAUGCAAGUGAUGUUCUUGUUGAGCAGUGUACACAGAUAAAAGUGCAUCAGCUUGCGCAUUGCCUGAAGCCAUAGGCCCAGGAAGCAAAGAAUGUGAUCUGAUGUGAGUGAUAAAAAUUGGUAAGGCACGCUGUGAAAGCAAAGUUUGUAACAGGAUAAAUAUUUUCUGAAUUGCAGUUUUACCUACUGAAGUCUUCACAGGGCAAUCUAUGAAGACCACAAACAUUGCUGUUGACAGGAGUAACCUGGUCUCCCACUAAAGGAUGCAUGACUUCCUGGUUUCUAGAGACAUAGUCCUUGACAUUACUCAAUUGCGGAGAUGGAUAUCCAACAAGAAAAUGACUUAGAACUGAGUCUGGCUGGGGAUUCGAGGAGACAGGAAGCGAAAGAUUCACCAUCACCUCCAGAGAAGCUUAUUGCUGGGACCCUGGGAGUCAUCUGCCUUAUCUUGAUGUACAGUAUAGUAAGAGUGAUACAUUUUAUGCCCUGUACUGUAAUACUGGAGAAAAACGAUUCAUCCCCAGAAACAAGGAUCCUGAAAGCAUAUCAUUGUGGUCAUUGUCCACCGAAGUGGUUUACAUAUUCCAAUAAUUGCUAUUAUAUUAGUACUGAAAAUAAAACAUGGAAUGAGAGUUUGUUGGCCUGUGCUUCUAAGGACUCUAAGCUGCUUUACAUAGAUAAUGAAGAAGAAAUGAAAUUUCUGAAGUCCAUAUCACUUCCAUCAUGGAUUGGAGUUUUCCGUAGCAGCAAUGAUCAUCCAUGGAUGUCGAUAAAUGGUUCAACUUUCAAACUAAAGAUACGAGAGUUAUCAUUUGUUAAAGGUGGCUGUGCUUUGCUAACCCCAUAUGGCCUCUCAUCAAGCAAUUGUGGAUCUGCAAAAAUAUAUACCUGCAAGUAUACGCUUUAG